AUGGCUGAAUCUUCGACUUCUUCAUCAAGUCUGGUUUCUCUGAAUUCAUCAUCGACUCGCCCUUUGUUCAAAUGCACUUUUCUCGACAAAGACACAAAUUUGAACGAAAUACCGAUCUCGAAUAAUGAUAUUCGCAUCUUAUUGUCAUACUGGCUUCAACAACGAGCUAAUCAUGAUGAUAUUUUCGGAAGCUUUCGUUCCGCGAACGCACAUAUUGACAGUUUGGGUGAAGUCGAUGUUAUAUCCGAUGCUGAGCAUAUAAAAAAACUAUUGAAAAUAUCCUUUAAUAAACAUAGUCAAUUAUCGAUGAUCGUCCAUCGAAUUGGUCGAACGAUAUUAUUGGAUGAAUUCGAUGUACAUUCACAUUUGUUACGUCUUGAAAAGAAUGACUGGACAUGGUUUCGAGAUUUUUUUCUCGAUACGAUUCUACGAAAUAUUUCAGUCAAACAUCUCUAUAAAAAGAAUAAGACACGCGAUGAACUUAUACGAAAAGAUCGUCUAGUUCGAUUCUUAUGUCAAAGUGUUGAGCUACCUGGAUCAUCUCGUACGAGUGCUGAUAAUGAGGAAUCUCAUUCAUCAUCGACAAAAACGAACGAUAUAACUGCAGCUGCACUCCUUCAACAGAUCAAGGAUAUCGUAAACGAAACUAAUCACCUUGAAGAUAAUACUAAUCAUGCUACUUCGACUUCAUCAUCGCCAUUUCAACGAACGGUCGAUUGGACAUUUGAAAAUAUGAAAAUGUUAAUUGGCUCUGAUCUGCCCAUCUUCGGAGAUGAACAACACCCAGCUGUUAGUUUGCGUUUAAGAGAAAUGGACAAACCGAUCAAUGUUUUGACUGGUAUUGACUGUUGGCUCGAUAAUUUAAUGUGUAACGUGCCUGAAUUAGCCAUGUGUUAUCACGUCGAUGGUAUUGUUCAAUCAUAUGAAAUAGUGAAAACAGAAGAUAUUCCAUAUCGUGAAGGCUGCGAAUUUCAUCCGACUGUCAUACGUGAUUUAGCAACAAAUCUUCUCUCGUUUCUCAAGGCUAAUGCGACGAAAGAAGGACAUACCUAUUGGCUAUUCAAAGGUCCUGAUGAUGAUAUUGUCAAAUUGUAUGACUUAACAAGCCUAUGCGAACCAAAUCAAGAUGACAAUCCAUACACAUUGCCAGUAGCAACUUUGUUUUACAAAAUGGCCCAUAACAUGGUCUCAAAAUCUGAUCAUGAAACACGUUCCAAGGAAUCUGGUACGAUUCGUACAUUACUGAAACAUUGUCUCGAUAUGCUCAAUCCGGAGAAAUUUCCUGAAUACCAUUGUGCGGCAGCAUAUAUGAUGUCUGACCUGUAUAUUGACGAUAAUGUUAGUGAACAAAGCUGGACAUCGGAUGGUAGUGAUGUGGAAGAUCCUGAUUCUUUGAACGACGAUUUACCAUUUGAAGAAGACAAUGAACAACAUUUUCAAACCUGUAUUGAUAUGAAAACACUCACACAACAGCAACAACAUCGUUUUCGAAAAAGUCCUGAUAUCGAACGCCUAAGGCCAAUACAUGGAAAUUUAGAUAAACGAGCGAUAGAAGCCCUUAAAUAUCUCGUUGAAGCUCUCCGAAGUAAUGCAAUCCAUCGUCAAAUGGAAGCGUCUCAACAAGCAAAUGACCAAGAGAAACCACCCUCUGAUGAAAAAUCCAAAGUGAUUGUGCCAUUGCCAUACAAAGCCACACGGCAUUCAUCGAAGAUUUUGAUCGACAACAAAAAUCAUCUGACAACGGAUGCGCGUUUAAAAUCAAUUAUACUACACAAAGCGGCAGCUGCGUAUUUUUGUUUAGUCGAUCGAAAUGAGAAAGAGAAGAAUUAUGGAUCCUGUUUACGUUACCUUCGCCUAGCACUGAAUUGUUACAGUGCAGAACUGAAAUAUCAGUCCAUGGAUCAUAGUAAUAGUAGUGCGGAAUCGAAGAAGUUACUCUCGUAUAUCAUGAGCAUCGCUGGCGAUUGUCGAUUGAUGAUUGCCCAUGUGACAUCUGCUGAAGAAAUCGAAAAAUAUCGUGAACAGUAUCAAGUCAUGAGUGAUGUCGAUUUAGAGGUUCAGAAAGUAAUCGAUGAAAUUGGAAUCGAUCGAAAUUCUUCCGAAUUUUCUUGGGUGUCAGAAUUAACACCGAUUAUCGAUCGCAACCUCUUUGCCAGUGUGCACGCGUACGAGUACGCGAUUAAUAUUGUAAGAAAUCUCGGUGAUCACGAAAAGAAACGCCUUCAUUUGUUAACCAAACGUUUCGGUAAUGUUCGCAAUGAAAUGGGUGUAUAUUGGAUGAACAAAUGCGCACAAGCAGUGAAGAAUUUAGAUCAUGAAGCAGCGAAAGAAAUCAAAGAUCAAUUUCGCAAGAGUUUCGAAAGUUUCGAUGCGAGUAUUCAAGCAUUUGAAAAGAUUAAUGAUUUGUCCAAUAUUGCAUUGUUACAUUCAAAUCUUGGCCGUUUGAUGAGAUACUACGCACAAUUCUAUGCUCCGGUAGUCAAUGGAGUUCGACAAGAAUUUUCUCAACAAGAACGGCAGAGUUAUCAAAAAGCAUUUGAUUAUUAUCUUGAAGGACUGAAAUUGGUUGAAAAUCGACCAGAUCUAAUCGAAGUUUAUCGCACACUAUCAUGGGAAUUAUCGAACAGUUACUUUACCAUGGCAACAUCACUACAAGAUUACGCACCAUUAAGUUCGACAUCUCAGGACGACAUUGAAAAAGAGGUCAUUGAUUGUAUGACACGUGCAUUGAAGUACUUAGAAAUCGAGCUAAGUACGCCAUCAUCAGAUCGUUAUUCACUUGCGAAGUAUCGAGCAGCUACCAUUCAUCAUCGUCUAGCAUCAUUACUUCAUAAUUCUUUUCGUACACAAGACAAUUCUGCUCGGCGGAAACGUUUGCGUGCUCUGGCAUCAUUACAUUAUCAAAAAGCGUUGGACCUAUUUUCUCCACAUGACAAUCCACUUGAAUACCUUCGUUUGCUGAUCGAAGAAGUGGCCCUAGCUGAUUUCGAACUACAAAACGCCACUGACAAUCCUUCUCGAUUGAAAUAUUCUCAACAAGGUCUACGUGCAUCGUUUCAAUGUCAACAGUGUAUCGGCAUUAUUGAACAACAUCGUACUAGUUCGGACCCGGAUGAUUAUAAUGAAACGUUUGCUCAAGAAUCACAACGACUUCUGUCGAUCUUGAACGGUCGAAUUCAAACAUUUCUCAAAGAAAUCGUCAAAAUCAUUAAAACCGCAACGAAUAAGAAAGGAGUUUUUGAGAACUAUAAAGAAAUGUAUAGUUUGGCAUUGCGUAUCAAUGAUAAAGCAGUGACAUUUCCGAAGGACUUAUACGAUGGAAUCGAACGUCUGAAAACAAUUCAUGAGAAAACGAUCAGUGAUUGA